GUCCUCCGUUCCCUUCCUCCUCUCUCUUCUCCUUCUUAUCUUUUCCGUCUUGCUCCUCUUUUUCUUCUCUCUUCUCUUUUUCUUCCCCUCGCUUCGCCUCGGUCUCUCCCUUCUCACGUUCUCUUCCACCUGAGUUAAGAUCACGAAAUGCUCAAGCACCUUGUCUUCCCCCUCUUGGCGUCGCUCGCCGCCGCUGCCAGCUCGGACUCGUGCUCGUUCUCCACCACGAUUUCGGCCGCGUCCGGCGUGCUGACUCUCAAUGCGUGCCCCACUUUAAGCGGCGACAUCACCAUCACCGGUGACGACAUUGCCUCUGUCGACUUGAGCGGGGUGCAGAACGUGGCCGGCGACUUGACUCUUUUCAACUCCAGCUCGUUCACCAGCGUCAACUUCAACAGCUUGGUCAACGUGACCGGCUCGUUGGCCUUCACGGCAUUGACGCAGGUGCACAGCGUCGACUUUGCCGCGUUGAACAUGGCCGAGGACUUGCUGUUCGUGUCGUUGCCCUCGCUCGCGUCGCUCAACUUGGGCCUGGGCUUGGCCGACGUGACCUCGCUCACCUUGUCAGACACGGCGCUCUCGUCGAUCGACAACCUCUUGCAGUUCUCGUCCAUCCACGUGUUGAACGUCAACAACAACAAGAACAUCACGUUGAUCGACUUGUCCAGCUUGGAGCUGGUCUCGGGCGGCUUGACCUUGUCCUUCAACAACGACGACGCCGUUGUGCGCUUGGGCAGCUUGCAGUGGGCCGCCAACUUCACGCUUCAGGACGUCGCUGCUGCUGACAUCUCCAACUUGCUGACCGUCAACGGCUCGUUCAUUGUGGGCUACAACUCGUUCGACGCCGUGCUGUUCGAGUCCUUGACCACCGUGGGCGCGUCGUUGCAGGUCUUUGCCAACGACAACUUGGAGACCUUAGAGUUGGCCAACUUGACGUCCAUCAACGGCGAGUUCCACGUGUUCAACAACUCGCUCUUGCUGGACAUCAACCUCGACAGCUUGGAGACCGUCAAGGGUGCCGUGGACAUUGAGGGUGCCUUCGGCAACUUCACCAUGCCCAGCUUGGACGAGGUCGAGGGAGACUUUACCGUCUUGUCCACGUCCGAGGACUUCUCGUGUGAGGCCUUCGACUCCUUGUACGACGACGGCAAAUUCUUGGGCGCCAACUACAACUGCUCGUCGCCCUCGAGCACCAUCCAGUCCUCGUCCACCACUUCCGGCUCCAGAUCCACGUCCAGCUCGACCUCCACGUCCACGGGCUCUGGGUCCGGCACGACCUCUUCGUCCAGCUCCUCGUCCUCCAGCUCGUCGAGAUCCGGAGCCUCCGCCGUCACUCCGGCGAUGGUCUUCACGUGUGCCGUCGCUGCUGCCGUGGCUCUUUUGGUGUAGUUCAGCCAACCGCAAGCAUGGUAGCGAAUAUGUUUACAUAUGUAUUCUAAUUGAUUUGUGUUGUAUUCCAG